AUGGAGGCAUUCCUCCGAGAGAAAUCAAGGAGCGCCACAGCAUUCAGGGAGGCAUAUCUAUGGCCACAUAUCAACCAGGAGGACCUUCUCAAGCCCAAGUUGUUCCUCAUCUUUCUCAACGCGCGGGCCCGUAACUUUCCAUCAGCCUUUUCAGCAGCCGAUCACGAGUCGUUCAGGUUCGCCACCACAAGUAGGAAGGUUACUGCAGCCUUUCUCAACGAAUACACGAUGAUGUUCACGGGAAGAAAUACGCCAGAAACAUAUGGACAGUUGUACUCCUGGGACGACCAUACCGAUGCGGCGUCGUGGCUAUUCUCUCAGCGAGGUGUGCAUCCUGGGUACGGCCUCCAGGUUCUCGAGAUUCAGGAGCGUGUCUAUCACUUUCUCCUGGAGUGUUGCUUGCAGAUUCUGCAUGACAUGCCACGCGAAUCCCUGAUGGUCGAUGAUAUUCCGAUCGAGCCGGAACCGCCAGCGUUGUCCAUUGCCGAAGGUCGCUCGAACUCCCUGGCUGCGGUCGCUGCAAUCACUCCGUACCGCCUGCCCGCCAGUCUUAAUCUCACCCGUCUGCAAGAUCUUGUCGCCGCUAAACGGUCCGCCACGGAGGAUCACAUUUGGUCAUUACGGGAGGAUCCCAGUUAUUUUACGGAUUUCGUUCUGGAUAUGAAGGAGCAUCGACAAGAACUUCUUCCGGAUACCAAAGGACGACAGCACUCCUUGAUGAGGCCUUAUCCAAGCAAGCGCUUCUGGGAUCGUGUAGCAGGGGGCGUGAUCACUGAAGCAUACUUCUACCUCGAGAUUUGGGACGAUUUGCAUUCUCUGAUCGGCAAGGUCAUGUCCCUCCAACAAAAGCAUGAAGGCGCUAUCAAAUACGACGAUGAUCUUCCGAACGAGCUUCUGGAGGCCUUUUUGGAACUGGAUUUCAGUCUGAGCCAAUACGCCAAGGGACCGAUUCAAGCUCUCAAGACAAUUGUCGUUGCUUCUCCCCCUUUACGAGCCUCCUUUGUCCGCCUGCCAGAGGAGGGAAACAGCAGCAUCAUCCAAGUGGUGCAAAAGCCGGGAUCAACCUGGGACAAGACUCAGAGUCGUCUAAUGUGGCUCUUCCAGACUCUGUGGGACGAGCAGCAGAGACACCUCUGUGGUCUACAUCCCAUCCUAGAUGAGAUGGAGCGUUUGGUAGAGAACGACCCCAAGGCCAGGAACCUCUUCUCCUCUCGAGUCGCGAGCAUGGUUGCGGAUUUAUCGCUUAUUUCAGAGUGCCAGCAUCAGAUCUCCCUCUACCAACCUUGGGCAUCCUCCUUUGAAGCCGAGGCACUCCCCUGUCAGGACGAAUUGAAGGCCAAAUAUAUUCAACGGACCAGUAGGAUGCAGGAACUCGACAUUGCACUCAAACAAACCUCAUUGGCCGAUGCAGAUCCUUCGGACGGCAAGUUUUUCUACCCCGUUGAGAAGCGCAGGACAAAGGAGAAUACGGAGGCGUUGCAGAAGGCGGAGAGAACUCUCGAUACGUUCUGGGAGAAGCUGGACAAAUAUAUCUUGCAGAAAAUCGACGUAUCGCGCCAUGGGACAUUGAUGCACUUGUUAUCGGACCACCGUAUCCUGUACAGAACUCCUGACUGGGUCCAGCCUGAUCCUGCCUUGCCGCCGACAGACCCCCGGAAGGAGAAUAGAUUGGAGGAAAAUGGCAAGCCCCUAUCCCGACUCUUUUUCGACAACGAGCAUACACAGAGCAAGGUUGACUCCGGAGGCAAGUCACCCCAAAAAAUCAAGGUCAAGACUCGAGGUGUCGCUCUCACCACUCCCUCGCCCGAUGAGCCAUCGCGUCCUCCAGGCGCUCCGCAGUCUGUCGAUACCCAGCCCACGUUCACGGUGGACAAACGCGCCCUGAAAGUCUUUUCAACUCUUUUCUACCAGCCCUCUAACAAUGCCCAGCCUGAUGAAAUCCCCUGGAACGAUUUCUUGCAUGCAAUGAGCGCGACAGGAUUUGCGAUCGAGAAACUAUAUGGCUCAGUCUGGCAUUUCAUGCCUUCCAAGUUGGAUGUGGAGCGCAGCAUCCAGUUCCACGAACCCCAUCCCACUAGCAAGAUUCCCUUCAAGACCGCAAGGAGAUUCGGAAGGCGGCUGUUUAGAGCGUACGGAUGGCGUGGAGAUAUGUUCAAGCAGGUGGAUGCAAAGUAG